AUGGCCUCCCUACCUCGUCGCCAGCGCCGGGUAGUGGACUCAGAUUCAGAGGCUGACACUUCCCGGCAGGAUGACUCGUUCUUGCAGGCCACCAAUGGAGCCAAACGCGUGCGAUUGUCACCCCAGCCUGGUCGCACCAACGCGGCAAGUUCAGUGAGCGAGGAUGAUGAUGAUGACGAUGAUGAUGAUGAUGAUGACGGUGACGAAGACGACGAUGAGCCAUCUGGCUCCGUGGAUGCGGUCCCGGAGACCCAAGUGUCUUCUGCUCAAACCCGCGUUGCUGCCGUCCAGGCGGGUGCCGAUCUGGAUACCUAUCGUCCCGGAGCUGUAGUCCGGAUUAAGCUCACCGACUUCGUCACAUACAAGUCCGCUGAGCUGAAGCCGGGCCCGCGGUUGAACAUGGUAAUUGGGCCAAAUGGGACUGGCAAGAGUACACUGGUUUGUGCAAUAUGUUUAGGAUUGGGGGAAGGCCCGCAGCAUCUGGGACGUGCAAGAGACGCAGCUGAAUAUAUCAAACAUGGCUGCAAAGAAGCGACAAUUGAAAUCGAACUUGCCGGGGAACCAGGGCAGCGCAAUUUGGUCAUCACAAGAGUCAUCAAGCGAGAGAAUAAAAGUGUCUACACAAUUAAUGGGAAACAAGUUCCUGGGAAGGCUGUUCGGAAGCUCGCAAAGCAGCUAUCUAUUCAGAUCGACAACCUUUGUCAAUUCCUUCCUCAAGACAAGGUUUGCCAAUUUGCUGCUCUGGCCCCCGUCGAACUCCUGCAAUCGACACAGCGAGCGGCCGGCUCGCGUGAAUUGAGUACGUGGCAUGAGCAAUUGAAAGAAUUACGCUCUGGACAGAAGAAACUCCAAGCCUCAAAUAGACAUCAGCGGGAAACUCUGCAGAACUUAGAACGGCGACAAGAAGGCCAACGCGAAUCAGUCGAGAGAAUGAAACAAAGGGAAGAAACUAAAAAGCGCUUGAGAUACCUUGAAGCCUUACGACCUCUUCCAAAAUGUCGCGAGGUUAAAAGCAAACAAACUGAAGUAAAAGAACGUAGACGGCUUAUUGUUCAAAAGAAAGCCAAAAUAACCGAAGAGCUCAGUCCUAUUUUGGAUAUCAUCGCCGCAAAAAAGGAAUAUCACCAAAAACUUAGGCUGGCAUCCGAGCGGAAACAAGAACAAUUCGCAAGAACGGAUAAAGCUGCCAGGGAUGACCUCAAGGGUAUUUUGAACACUGAUGAGAAAAUGAAGGAGCUCACGGCGAAUAUCGAAGCAGAGAAGAAAGCUAGCUCUUCCUAUGUUGCUGACCUCAGGAGAUUGAAACAGUCUAUCAACCGGAUCGAACGUCAGAUGGAAGAAGGAGAACCCGAGUUUGAUCUGUCUUUCUACACAGAGAAAAUUCGUGAUCGAGCCCGACAACUAAACGAGAUCGAGCAAAAGGCAUCUGCCAUAGAAACACAGAAAGAGCAUACCGCUCGUGAACUUCAUCAAAAGAAGGAAGCCAUUUAUACGUGUAAGCGUCGGCUGGAGCAUCUUGACUCCCAGGAUGGCCAGCAAGAAGAAAAGUUAAGGAAGCUCUCUGAGGAUUCAUAUGAGGCGUGGCAGUGGCUUAAACAGGAGAAAAACCAAGAGCUUUUCGAGAAACCUGUCUUUGGGCCUCCAGUGGUCGUAUGCUCUGUGAAAGACCCAAGAUACGCUUCAGCGUUGGAAUCCUUGAUGCAAAGAAAUGACUUUUGCACAAUUACUACACAAACUCGCCGUGACUUCGCUACGCUGCAAAGGAUCCUCUACAGAGAAAAGGGUCUAUAUGACAUUACCAUAAAGACUUCAAGUGUUACCUUGUCGUCUUUGCGAUCCCCUCUUUCAAGGGAGGAACUGAAAGAACUAAACUUCGAUGGCUGGGCGAGCGAUUACGUCGCUGGGCCCGAGCCGGUCCUAGCCAUGCUUUUCAGCGAGAACAAGUUUCAUACCACCCCCAUCAUGCUUCGAGACAUUACGGACAGUGAAUUCCAGCAUCUGGAGAACAGCACGAUUUCAAUGUGGAUUUCGAAAACUGAGUCCUACCAAGUCAUUCGUCGUCGUGAAUAUGGCCCGUCGGCGGUUUCCACCCGUGUUCGACAAUUGCGGGCUGCGAAAUUAUGGACGGACCAGCCCGUUGAUGAGACUGUGAGACUAGAGCUGCAGCGUGAGAUUGAUAUGCGACGAAGUGAGCUCGAUGAAGUCGAGAAGAAGAUUGAAGAAGAGAGAUCUUCGCUCGGCAGGCUAAAAGCAGAGUAUACCACCGCUUCAAGCGAGAAAGCCGAAUUCGAGCGAGAAAAAGCCGAGAAACAGACUGCACUCACGACCUUUAGGGCUCUUCCGACCAGGCUUGCCCAGCAAAAUGAAAAAUUCAAGGAAGCGGAAGAUAAACUGAAUGACCUUAAGUCAACAGUUGAAGAAAUGAGAAAGAAACAGGACUAUGUCUCUUUGGAAAAAGCUGCGGCCGUGCUAAAAUAUGCAAAAUAUGUUGAAAGGCUUCAGGUAAUGCAUGAAGACUUUUUGCAGGUGGAAAUCAAACGGCACGAAGCCCAUUCUGACUGGGAGGCCCUUAAAGAUCGAAACGUCGAAGCAAAACGAAUACUUGAAGAGAUUAAUCAGGAACUCGAUCAGAUUUCCAAAGAAACCAAAGCUCUUCAAGAAUCUUAUGUGAAACUCUUUAGAGAGGUACAGGCGGUCACAACGGCGCAUAAUGAUAGUGAAGAAUUUCGGACCAUUGUGGAAACCGUUACAAAAUAUUCUGUUGGUGAAUUAGAAGCUGAUAUUGAUUCUGCAAAGGCCUUACUGGAUCUAAGUCAUGAAGGCCAUGGUAGUCGUUUCAUUGAAGAAUUUGAAAAGCGUCAAGAACAGAUUGACAUGUUAACGGAAAGGCUUGAGGAAUCGCAGACAGAAUUACUGCAGUUUGAUAACAGUAUUGCAGAGAUUCGAGGGAAAUGGGAGCCACAGCUUGAGGCUCUGGUGCAGAAAAUCAACACUGCAUUUUCCGGCUUCUUUGCCCGCAUUGGGUGUGCAGGACAGGUUAGCAUCGACAAAGCCGAUGAUCUUCCGGACGAGGAAGGCCGCCUGGGUGACACCACCAACUUUGAUGCGUGGUCGAUUCGUAUCCAAGUCAAAUUCCGCGAGCACGAGUCUCUUUCGGUUCUCGACUCCCACAGGCAGUCCGGCGGUGAACGCGCGGUCAGCACCAUUUUCUACCUUAUGGCUCUCCAGUCGCUUUCCUCCUCGCCGUUCCGUGUUGUUGACGAGAUUAACCAGGGCAUGGACCCUCGCAACGAACGCAUGGUUCACGAGCGCAUGGUCGAGAUUGCGUGUGGCCAGGCUGACUCGGAGGAGUCCGGCGGACAAUAUUUCUUGAUCACGCCAAAGUUACUGAGUGGUCUGCACUACCAGCCGGGAAUGACUGUCUUGUGUAUUUACAGCGGCGAGCAUAUGCCAGCAGACUAUCAAAAGCUGGAUUUCAAAAAGUGUGUGUUACGAAUGAAGGAUUUGCAGAAGGAAAAAAGCAGGAGAUUAUUGGAGCAAAGGGGUGGAAAUGGGGUGGCGGUUGACGCUUAG